AUGGUCUCCACACGCUCCUCCUCGUCCUCAUCAUCCCAAAAGCAUGCUUCUUCAUCUAAACCGCUUGCAGGCGGAUCCUCCAAGUUCCCCUACGAUCUGCCGUACGCCUCGCUGUGUCUGCGCACCCAUCCUUGGCUCUACCGCACGGGCGUCGGCGAGCAGGGCGUGCUCAUGGUCGAGCCGUACAAGUCCGAGCUUCUCCCCUCGUGGCGCUUCAAAGACCCUGCUGCUGCACGCACCUCGUCCACCGCACUCCUGGCCGCCUUUCGUGCGUAUCUAGACGAGGACGACUUUGUGGGCGCCGACAUGGCGCGCAAGUUCAUCCAGAUGGGCUACACCCGUGCGCGAAGGUACGCCAACCACAAGGGCGGGAAGAAGUACACCGAGCCAAAGCGAAAGGGCGUCAAGGCAAAGCAGAUCCCCAGGUUGGAGCCGGAGCGGCAGGAUAAGGACAAGGUCGAGGCGGCCAAGAUCUUCAAGACGGUACUCGACGACGAGGUGUGGACCGACAAGAGGUACACGUCUAUGAGAGAGCAGCAUGUUGAAUGGGCGAAACAAACGCCCUGGCCGACAAAGGAUGACCAAGAGGUGCAAAAGGCUAUCCUGCAGGGUCCGGAGCAGAGACAGCACAUUGCAUCGCCCCCGGCCAGGAUUCUCACGAUGACAGAAAGCGUACAAGCAGCCGACUCUAGCCCCGCUGCAGCGUCCAAGGCCGGCCAGCACGACGCAGCCCCCGAGCAUGCCCCACACGAUGCUGGCGACCACAACGACAAUAACAGUAACGCCGACGGCGACGGCGACGAGGGCGAAGACGACGACGAGGAGGAACAAGAUGCAGACGCGGAAGCGCAAGACGGCAGUGUAGCGGGAGAGAACGGCCAAGAUGACGGCCAAGAUGACGGCGAGGAAGACGACGAAGAGGAGAGCAGCGAUGAGGGCGCGGAUGUGGGCCUGUCGUACCUGCUUGAAGAUCACGACGAGGACGACGAGGACGAUGACGACUUUGAAGAGUCGCACGACGAAGACGACGACGACGAUCCAGAGAUCCAAGAGUCGGACGACGAGGACAGCACGCCCGCAUCGAGUCACAAGCGCAAGAAGCCCUCCACCUCCCUCUCUUCCGCCAAGCGCACUCGGGGCUCCACCUAG